CCAAAACUCCAAGUCUAACUAAUUUAGCUACUCGCCUACUCCUAUAUAAAACAAUAAAUAAUCUUAAAUCGCUCCUCAACUCAACUCGGUACUCGAAUCGCUCAAGGUCCGAAAUGGAGAACUCACAGGACCCGAAUUUUAAAGAGCUCUACACUAUCCCAAGCCACUCUAGUUGGUUUUCUUGGGACGAUAUACACCAGGUAGAGCAAAACUCACUGAAAGAAUUUUUCGAUGCGAGUUCGAUUACAAGAACCCCUAAAAUUUACAAGGAAUAUAGGGAUUUUAUUAUUUGUAAGUAUAGGGAAGAUCCUAGUAGGCGUCUCACGUUUUCCGAGGUGAGGAAGUCGUUGGUAGGGGACCUUAGUUUGAUUCACAAGGUUUUCUUGUUUCUGGAGUCGUGGAAUUUGAUUAAUUUUAAUGCCCCGAAACGAGAUGAUGAUGAUGAUUAUGUUGGAGGAGAAGAUAGGUGGAAUGUUAGGGUUGAGGAAGGGGCUCCUUAUGGUGUUAAGGUUGUGGCGAAUCCGAAUUCGUUGAAGCCGGUUUUGCCGCCUCCUGUGGCGGUGAAUGGGACCGGAAAUGGAGUUUUGGCGUCGCCUUUGGCGUCGUUUAAGGAUAGGUAUGCGGAGUUGGCUAAGGUGAAGAAGUUGGUUUGUGGGAAUUGUAAGGGGAGUUGUGAUUCCGGAUGCUAUGAGUAUAUAAAGGAUAGGAGCUUUGUAAUUUGUCUUGAGUGCUUCAAAAGCGAAAAUUUUGGGGAGAACAAGGCUGCGGGUGAUUUUGAAUUUAAUAAUUGCAGUCGGAGCAAUGGGAAUAUGGGGUCUGCUUGGUCUGAAGCAGAAACUUUACUUUUGUUAGAGUCUGUAUUGAAGUAUGGAGAUGACUGGGAGGUUGUUGCGCAACAUGUCCAAACAAAGAGUAAACUGGAUUGUAUUUCAAAGCUUAUACAGCUACCUUUUGGGGAGCUUAUGUUUGGAGCUGGCAAUGGUAAACCUAGGUUGUGGGAUGCAAGUGACAGCAUAAGCAGUAUCAAGCAAGUGAAGUUAGAUUCUAGUGAGGUUUCAGAUGCCAGUAAUGAUCUUAAGAAUGAGAAUGAGCAAAAUGGGAAUGUUGAGGAUGUAACUCCUCCGCAGAAGAGGAUACGCACCGGGCGAGUUCCAGAUGCCAGUAAUUCAUUGAUGAAACAGGUUUCUCGCCUUUCCAUGAUGGUUGGCCCACAUAUUACAUCUUCUGCAUCUGAGGCUGCUGUUGCAGCCCUUUGCUAUGAGAACUUGUGCCCGAGAGAAAUAUUUGAGGUUAAUGAUGAUGGCAGUCACAAGUUGGGGUCAUCAGAAAAUGAGAUACAGAGAGCCUCUCCAGUCAAGGACUCAGACAUGGAAGAAAGACACGCUACAGAUAUUCCAGAUGCCUCUUCCAUGAAUAUUAUACCUGCUGCUUUACGAAUGAGAGCUGCAACUGCAACAGCUCUUGGUGCUGCUGCUGCCCAUGCAAAAUUAUUGGCAGAUCAGGAAGACCGAGUAAUAGAAUAUCAAGUUGCGAAAAUUAUUGAAAUGCAGGCGAAGAAACUUCAACGUAAAAUGAGGUGUAUUGAAGAUCUUGAGCUUAUUAUGAAAAAGGAGGACGUCCAAAUGAAGGAGCUAGUAGAGUCGCUCCUAUCAAAGAGAAUGAACGUGCUAAAAAUGAUUUUUAGUGCGGGGAUAUCCAGAUGGGGCGACCGGGCAACUGUAACAGCUCAUGCACCAUCUGUACCUUGAGCAAGCUCUUAACAGGUCUGUAACAUUUUUUUCUGUUCAUUUUUAUUAGGAGGAGAGUUUGAAUGAACAUGAACUCUCCAUGUAAAGUUUGUAGAAUUAAGUUUUACUGAAAGCACAGGUUUUCACCAACCAAGUGGUUGAAAUGGUUUAGAUUUUAUAGUCUUCUUGGAAACGUGGUAAGAUUGAAUAUCCUUCUCAGAAUAAUAGUGAGAAUAUGAGAGUUUCAAACUGUUUGUGUGGAAAAUAUUGAGAACAUGAAGAAUACACAAGUUUUAAAUCA